CUGUGAUAAUGUGUUUUGUACCUCAUGUAUUCAACAGUGGACAAAUAACAAUUCAUCUUGUCCAUUUCGAUGUCCACAGUUUGAAGAAAAACGUUGUCCACCAAUGAUCAAUGCUCUACUGUCAAAAUUAAAAAUUAAAUGUAAAUUUGUUGAUAAUGGUUGUACCGACGUUCCUCUCUAUGAUUCAAUUGAAAAACAUGAAAAAGAUUGUCAAUAUCAACAGUUAAAAUGUCGAGGAUGUUCAGAUCUAGUGUUGAAAAAAGAUCUGACUAAACAUGAAUUAGUCUGUGCAGAAGUUAAAGUGGAAUGUAUAAAAUGCAAAUGCAUCUAUAAACAACAUGAUAAGCAUGAGCUCGUAGUAUGUUUGAGCGUACGAUUAGAUACAGCCGAGAGAAAUGAUCAACAUAACAAAACCAAUUUAGAAACUCUCAUAAAAUGUGUCAAUACUCGCCUGGAUGCAACUGAGAAAAAUGAUCAACUAAAUAGAGGAAAGAUUGAGAAAUUGGAAAAAAUGGUUGAAAACCUUUGAAACGAUCUUACAUGAACAUAAAUUAAUAUGUCCUCCAUGGAAUCAAGUUCUUCAGAAUAUACCACUGGUUACACUAGAAAAGAAUUGGUAUAUUAUAUAUGACCAUCCAUAUAGCUGGGAUACAACAACUGAGGAACUUCGUCAGCUGUAUACCAAAUGUAUUGAUAAACGAAUAUUGGUUGGUGCUAUAAAUGGAUCAUCUUCAACUGUUCUGGCAUUAGCUGCUGUUGGUCCGUCUACUAUUUUGCAACUUGAAACUUCUCUUAAUCAACCCAUUUAUUAUAACAAUGUCUAUUGGUAUCUCACUUCUAAUACAUCAUUUGGAUUUUCGCCAUUACCAAAAAUAAUUCAAAGUAAGGUAGAUAUAGAAACUGUAGAUGGCGAUAAACGUCUAAGUUGGUAUCUGGAUCGGGCUACUGGUGGAUGGCGAGCUGGUACGACUACUGGCCUUCAUCAUGAUAAUAAUUGGCGUAAAAUAAUAAUGACAGAAAAAUGA